UGCGACAUGGCGGGGUUUCGAGAAGUUGAUCGGCAACAGUUCCCGCUACAAGAUAUUUCUUCAAUUGUCGGUUUAUUUAAACAACAAUUAGAAAGUUCUUACGAGCCUGAUUUAGCACUGUUAUCCAUAAUUGUUGGAGCUGUUGAAAAUUCAUUAACAUGGAAUCGAGCAUUAUCGGCGCAGAAAGAGACCGAAAAUUUUACAGAAUUCAAGUUGCCUCCUGUCGAAUAUCACAUUGUAGAAGCAUUGUAUUCAAAGUUUCACGCUAUAAUAAAAGGCGCAGUCGAUCUUUCACUGUAUGGACUCACAAAAUUUGCUACACGGGAUCUAGUUAAGAAAGUGUCUGAUGUCAUUUGGAAUUCUCUGACACGAAGCUAUUAUAAGGAUAGGGCGCACUUGCAGAGCUUGUAUAGUUAUUUGACGGGAAACAAACUGGAUUGUUUUGGAGUGGCGUUCGCCGUGGUUGCCGGUUGUCAAGUUCUUGGAUUUCGUGACGUCCACUUAGCUCUGUCAGAAGAUCAUGCUUGGGUUGUGUUUGGAGAAGGAGGAAAAGAAACAGCCGAAGUUACGUGGCAUGGUAAGGGGAAUGAAGACAAGCGAGGGCAACCAGUUGGACCUGGUAUUGGAUCAAAGUCUUGGCUGUAUGUAAAUGGACGUCCUGUGAUAUGUACUAGGCCAAUGGAAGUUGCAGCUUUAGUCUCAGCAAUAAAUCCUAGCCUUAGUCCAACCACAGAGGCAAUGGAAAUAGCUUUGUUGCAACAAGAACUGCUGUGGUUAUUGUAUGAUCUGGGACAUUUGUCUCAUUAUCCAAUGGCUCUUGGGAAUCUGAGUGACUUGGAGGAAGUAAGUCCAACACCAGGACGACCUCCUUGCAAUGCCCUCUUCCAGGAAGCUGUUCUCUCAGCUCGAACAUAUUAUGCGAACCAACAUGUUUAUCCAUACACUUACCAAGGUGGUUAUUUCUACAGGCACAAAAUGUACAAACAGGCAUUUGAAAGUUGGGCUAAUGCCAGUGAUGUUAUAAGGCACUACAAUUACUCCAGAGAUGACGAAGAAGUGUACAAAGAAUUCCUGGAAAUAGCAAAUGAGCUGAUCCCUCAAGUGAUACGUGUGGUGGGAUCAGGUCACAGUGCACGUUCUCUACUCAAGGACCCAGAGUGCUUUGCGCACCUCUUACGUUUCUAUGAUGGAAUUUGCCAGUGGGAAGAAGGCAGUGCCACACCAGUAUUGCAUAUAGGUUGGGCAAAACCAUUAGUCAAUACUAUCUCAAAAUUUGAUGCAGCUGUACGUGCACGUGUCGACAUUAUAUGCCGAGGAGCUACACCGGAAAAUGGAGGUGAAGGCGGUGGGGACAAUGGAGGAGGGACAGGAAGUGCAAGUGGUCACCUCAAUAACAACAAUUACCGUGAAACAGACAUUGUUCGGAGUCUGGAAUCACGUGUCGGACCUGUAGGAACUUCUGCCGGAGCUCAUCCCAGCAUUGCUGCUCUUACUGCCGCUUGCGGUGAGAAGAUUCUCAAUCGAGAUUAUUUACUAGCAGGAGGGGGACCGCCAUUUGCUUCGGAAGGCCGCGAAUCGCCAGGCCCAUCAAGUGACAUACCAGAGCCGACUCCAUCUGUACCACCAUUACCUCCACCAUUGCCGGUAGUGGAGGAAUUGCCCCUCGGACCUACUGAGGAGGGACGACCACAGGUGAUACUGCACUCUCAAAAGAUGCGUGGGUUGAAGGAUUUGCUUCUGGCAGAAAAACUGAAUACUCAUGCCAUCUCUUUGCAACUUACAGCACAGUCACAAGUACAGGUAGGGCGCAAAGUACGUGCAUCUGACCAUGAUUCAAUGGAUGGCUUUGGUAUUCGCAACUCUUAUAAACGUGCCAGGAGAGAGUAGCUAAGGCAGUCCUAAGUUAUAAUCCCACUUUACUUCGUUGUCCCACAUUUGCUGUGUAAUUUUAAGAAAUAACACAGUGAUUGCUGAACUCGAGUACAAAUCCAUCUCCAUUAAAAAAGAAAAGUGGUUGUCUAUUCUUGAGAUAUGUCUUCUGUAGUUCCAUUUUGAAAAUAGAAGCACAGGCAGUUUAACCAAAAUCUUAUAGUCUCUAUGUAGUAUAAGUAUAUUUGACUAAAGUCAUAAUAAUAGCUUUGCCCACACUAUUUAUUUGUUCAGGGUACAACCCAGUCAAUCAUAGAAAUGUGAUAUACUGUCAGGUCUGACCGACAGUUGUGAUCUUCCCCCCCAGUGUUUAGUCAGAUUCUCUAAUUUAAUAGAAUAUUGAGAAUUUAAGGUGAAAUACUGUAAGCACGUUAUUUAACUACAAUUGAUGUAAAUUACUGCACCAAAUUGGUCCAAAUAUAAAAGAGUUAUUGAUUGUCAGAUAUUCUAAGUGUACAAAAGAAGUGUUGUAUAAAGUGUAAUCAGCCGAGUCCAGAAAAGGCUGUAAACAAACUAGUUUGUGGUCUGAGGAUUGACUAUGAGCUUCAGCGAAUAUGUAACGGUAAACAUGAUGCAGUUAACUGGAGGUACUUUUCUUCAAGAAAGCACUGGAAAGGUUUAUAAUUAAGUCUCGGCAUUCUACAUAAAUGGAUAUUUGUUUAUGUUGUUUGAGCCUCAUCAGCUGAUACAUUUACAAUGGCCAGCUCUGAAAUGUCAUACAUAUUUAAAUAACCAGUUUAAGAAUGUUCUUUCUAGCUAUUUUGUAUCUUAAAAGUAAAAUAUGAAGAGAAAAAAAGAAAAGCAUCAUUCAGAAUUCAAUUUCCAGAGUGAUCUUUUUUUUUAAUAUUGAUAGAAACUUUUAUGUUUUGUAGUAGCUUGCUGUCUUGCCAUUUUAUGAAACGUAUUUAUUUUAUAGGCACUUCUGCUUUCAAACAAUGAAAACUCCAGGAUGGGAUAAUAAUGUGAAUUAGGAUAGAUUGCUACUCACUGCAUAGAGGAGAUGUUGAAUCACAAACACACACCUUUAAAAGUAGAGCAUUUAAUAUUUUUUAGCAAUUGGAGAAAAUCGUUAUCAGAUGAAGAAGCACACUAACAAACACACAGUCAUACAUGGGGACUUCUGCAUGUAUGAAAGUAUGUGUGUGUUUAUUCUUCUGAUGAAGGACUUUGUUUGAAAGCUAAAAUGUAUUCUACAGUUUACUUUUAAAUGUUCUUAUCUACUGUUCAAUUCCUCCUGAGUGUGGU